AUGGACGGGCAGUUGUGAGGGGCAACAACGUCUAUCAACCAUUUGUAGCCAAUGAAUUGCGGAGCAAGGCGGAGCUCAGGUGCGCGCCGCUGCGUCCACUUGGCGAAGAGCCUGGGAGACGCCUGUGGCAAAAAAGUAACUGUCAAAUGCGCGGCUCCUUUAAUAAGAGCGAUCAGUCCGGCUCCGAGAGUCAUGGCGACCACAGCGUCUAAUCAUUACAAUAUCCUCACCUCCAGCUCGUCCAUCGUGCACUCGGAGCCCGGGAGCAUGCAGCAAGCGACGGCUUACAGAGACGCACAGACUCUGUUGCAGAGCGACUACUCACUGCAGAGUAACAGUCACCCGCUCAGCCACGCACACCAGUGGAUAACGGCGCUGUCACACGGAGAGGGGGGUCCGUGGUCCUCCAGUCCUCUUAGCGAACAAGACAUAAAGCCCACUGUGCAGAGCGGUAGAGAGGAGCUGCACAACUCCAGCAGUUUGCAGCACCAGCCGCGACCGCCCCAUCUUGCGCACCAGCCGCAUGGGACCCACCAGGACGCGCGGGCAUGGAGAACGACCUCAGCUGCGCACAUACCGAGCAUGGCAACCCCUAAUGGACAGAGCCUUAUCUACUCCCAGCCUGGCUUCAGCGUGAACGGCUUGAUUCCGGGAAGCGGACAGGGAAUGCACCAUCACACCCUCAGAGACUCCCACGAAGACCAUCACAGCCCGCACCUAAGCGAGCAUGGACACCAGUCCUCUCAGCAUCAGCACCAGCAACACCAGAGCCACCACGAACACUCCGAUGAGGAUACGCCAACCUCGGACGACUUGGAACAGUUUGCCAAGCAGUUUAAACAGCGCAGAAUCAAACUGGGCUUCACGCAAGCGGACGUCGGACUAGCUUUGGGCACACUAUAUGGAAACGUGUUUUCGCAGACCACGAUCUGCAGAUUCGAGGCCCUACAGCUGAGCUUUAAGAACAUGUGUAAGCUCAAACCUUUGCUGAACAAGUGGUUGGAGGAAGCGGACUCUACCUCCGGGAGUCCGACCAGCUUGGACAAGAUCGCUGCGCAGGGCAGAAAGAGAAAGAAGCGGACCUCCAUCGAGGUGAGCGUGAAGGGGGCUCUGGAGAGUCAUUUCCUAAAGUGCCCCAAACCAGCUGCUUCGGAGAUUACUUCACUGGCGGACAGUCUUCAGUUGGAAAAGGAGGUGGUUAGGGUUUGGUUUUGUAACAGAAGACAGAAGGAGAAACGGAUGACGCCUCCCGGCGGACCGCUCCCGGGUAACGAGGAUGUGUAUGGAGACACGCCGCCACACCAUGGGGUCCAGACACCGGUCCAGUGAAUAAAUACGCACUGCUCAAACUGUUUUUUGACUGUCUCUGUUUUGAUUCCUCCUGUAAUGAACUCUUAAGCACUGGACUAUCCUGAGCGAAAGCGGGUGCUUUGUGUUUGACUGUACACGGGAAGCCCACAAGCAAAGUGAGUAUCACAACAAGGUAAAUAACAACAGCCACUGAGAUGUUCGUGUUCCUAAAAAGCUAGGACCAGACGUUGUGUAACGAUAUGCCUAACACUGUGACACCGCACGGUUUUAAGGUGUAGCCCCAUUGUGGAAAGAACACUUUGCGUGUGGGAAGUAACGCCUAGAACAGCCUCGAGGUACCUUUACGGUUUACAUAUCUUGCUUUUAAUCGUUGCAUAAUUUUGUACAGAAUCCAAAUCCGUGACCUGUUCAGUCAAAACGGCCGCAGGAGCCGCAUUCGGUAAAUAACCCCCAUCUUUUC